UGGAACGUGUAAAUAACUGGAUCAUAAUUAUUAUGCUAAAGCCUCUCUGAGAUCUGAACUUUAAUAUCAAGAUGGCAAAUCGAGGUCGAGGACGAGGCAAAGUGCUAAAUACUGUGAUGAGCUCUCAGAAACCAUCAAAAGCAGGUCAAUCUUCAGGGAAACAAGGAACUGCCAAAAUACCCAAAGAUAUUGAAGGAUUGGGCACAUAUUUCUUCUCCCUAAACGAGUCUAACUUCAAGCAGUAUGGAUCUGUGUUUGCAGAAAUGGCUAUAGGUUAUUCUUCAACCAAAGAAAAACUAGAAGAGGCAGUUGAUCUGGUAUAUGAUACCACUGUUUCAGACCGAGACAGUGCAAAUCUUGGAGCUAUGAUCUCUGAAGCGAUAAUAAACUAUGAAGCAAUGGGGACAUCUACGUCGCCAUCGAUCACUGUCGACUUCAGGAAAUGUCUCCUCGCUCAUUUUCAGACCGAUUUCCAGCAAAAGGACGUGCUACGAGGACAAUCUGUAGAGGCAUGGCUUGGUGUGUUUGCCUUUUUGUGCCACAUCUACAAAAGGAUUCAAAUCAACGCACAGCCCAUUGCUGUAAUAGGAAGAGCCAUUCUUUCCUCUGCUGAAAACACCCUUCAAAACGUGGACGUUGUUGAUGAUGAAAUAGAUUGCAUUUGUACACAUUUGAAACUUUGUGGUAACCUUCUUGAGUCCAAUCACCCCCAACCUUUUGAAUCGAUAUUCACUAACCUCAGAAGACUUAUCAUUAAACGGCAGACCAGCUGUAUGGUUCGAUGUGUGGUGCUUGAACUUAUUGAACUUAGGUACAUGAGCUGGAGUGAUCCAAAAAAAGUUCUUGACAAGUUUUAUGUUGAUGCUCUGGCUGAUGCUGUGGCUGAAGAUGAACUGGGAAAUACAAACUGACCAUUUUUGUUUCAUCGCACCGGGCAUUGAGUUUAUUUUCCAUCCAUUUUGUCAGGCUCUAUAGUUACCAUGUUUCGGGUUCAUUGAUGGCCCGUUUCUCACAUUUAA